AUGGUGGACCGCUUGGCAAACAGUGAGGCAAAUGCUCGGCGCAUUGGCAUGGUGGAGAGCUGCUUCGGAGCAGCUGGACAGCCCCUAACCAUACCAGGUCGGGUACUCAUAGGUGAGGGAGUUCUUACAAAGCUUUGUCGGAAGAAGCCAAAAGCCAGGCAGUUUUUCUUGUUCAACGACAUCCUUGUCUACGGUAAUAUUGUCAUCCAAAAGAAGAGAUAUAACAAACAGCAUAUUAUUCCUUUGGAAAACGUUACCAUUGAUUCCAUUGAAGAUGAUGGUGAUCUGCGUAAUGGCUGGCUCAUUAAAACUCCAACCAAAUCCUUUGCUGUCUAUGCUGCUACGGCUACUGAGAAAUCAGAGUGGAUGAAUCACAUCAAUAAGUGUGUCACAGAUUUGCUGUCAAAAAGUGGAAAAGUGCCCAAUAGUGAGCAUGCCGCGGUCUGGGUUCCCGAUUCCGAGGCAAAUAUAUGCAUGCGUUGUCAGAAAGUCAAAUUCACCCCAGUCAGUCGUCGACAUCACUGCCGCAAAUGUGGAUUUGUUGUGUGUGGGCCUUGUUCAGAAAAAAGAUUCCUUCUGCCCAGCCAGUCUUCCAAACCAGUGCGUGUGUGCUCUUUCUGUUUUGAUAUGCUUUCCUCUGGACAACUGACUGCAACUCUCCCAAAUCGUUCUGAGUUUUACCGCGGAUCCCUUCAGUCCCCUAGAAGUAUAUCUGAUGAAGACGACGAUGAUGACAGCAGCGAUUGAAAGUGAAAUAUCGGCUUUGGUAUUUAAGUAAAACUGUUUUUGAGAUCUGUUAGCUUCCCUCAAUGACUUCUGACUUUAGCCAUAAACUAUACCUGCUAACCUUAAAAGAAAACUUGUGCCUAAAAAACUUCAAUAUACUAAUGAUAUUUGCUUUUCUGCAGGGAUGCAUUGCUGACCGCAAAUCAAAAUUCGUAGGCUGGUUGUAACCAUGAUCUCUCUAGUUAAUUGAUUUGCUUACAGUAUGUAGAGAAUAAAUAUGUCAUAUUCCUUGUGGUUUGUAUUCUGUUGUAUUUUCUCUCAAGUUUGAAAUGAAAUAUUUUGUCAAUAAAAAGCCCUUGAAUACUGCAAGUUUGAAAUUAAAUAGCUCAUAAAUUAAAAAAAACCUUAAAAACUGCUCUGAAACAAUUUCAGAGGAGUUUGAAAUUUGAUACAAUUGGAAUAGGAUGUCCAGCAGAUUUGUUAAACCAGGUAUCAUUGACUCUUAUUUUAAUAUUGUCCAGUUUUUACACACACAAGGAUCUUGGCGCUUAGCAGUUGUAGUGUGAUUCAUUAUAUCGUACUACAGUGGAAAUAAGUGACUAAGCGAUGAAUAAAAGGGGAAGAGCUUAUCUUCACAUUGUGCACUUCAAACUGAGACCCAAAAAAGGGAGGUGUUUGUUGAAAAUUAUUUCUCCCUUCAAAGAAAGUCACCUAUUCCUCGUAGUUUAAAAAAAACACAUUUUAAAGAGCUCAAUUGGAAAUGGUGAGAGAAUUUACAGACUGCUUUUUUCAAGUAAUUACAAAACCAUUUCAUUAAAUGUCACUAAGUAAUUUUCAUACAAUUACUUUUGAAAAUUAAUGUUUUAAUAUUUGAUCUUCAAUGUUUAUAGAAUGUUUUUGUUGUAGUUACAUUUUAAAUUAAACUUUUAUUCAAGAAACAAUUUAUAAUGUUCUAGUUCACAUUAACAAGAUUGCUUCUGUGCACUUGAUUUUGCCAGUUGCUCCAGUGCACUUGAGUUUAUUAAUUUCUUGAAGGCUUGUUAUUUAGAAUGGGAGAAGGGUUAAAAAUUGACUAAACAUUGGCUCUUAGUUUGCAGAGUUUUUUCACUUCGUCAAUCUCCCUGCAUUGUUCCUUUGGCACAUUUAGCUGAUACUUAGAUUUACGUUUGAGCAAAAGUGAAUUAAUGAACGAUGUUGCCUCUCUGUACUGACUAGCUGAAAAACAAAAUAGGAAAAUGGGAAAUUCACUGACUAUCUUCUGUUUUCAGGAGCAAACGGUUUGUCAUGGUCACUUUUAUAAUCACAAAUUUGGGUAUCAGUGUGAUCCUGGUGUGUGUGUGUCAUCCAGUUAACUGAAAUGCUCAUUGUUGGAUUAAACCUCAUUAAAUUUGAGGGCUUUUAAGGAUUUCACUUCAAACAUUGAUUUGUAAGGUUAUGGACUGAUCUUGCUACUGGUAAGAUUAAUCCCAAGGCAAAAAGCUGAGAGUGUCAGAUAUGUGACUGUGAGCUGCAUACGGUGGAUAUCUAAAAAAGUGUUAAAAUUUGCAAUUUUAGCACCUCAGGCAGCAGCUCUGAAGAAAUUUGUGCUUUGAGUUGAUAACUUUCAUUAGAACUGAUGGAAAUUACCUGGGUGAAAUGUUAAUUUUCUUUCUCUGUAAAGAGAUGCCGACAGUU